GUCCCUCCUUCCCUCGUUUUCUGCUCUCUCUUUCUCUCACUAAAACCCUCGUUUCCCUCCAAUCUCCGUCCAUAAUCUCGCCGCCAGGUUCUUCCCAUCCAGCUCCGCUUCACUACGAUCCAUGUCCGGCGGCGUACGUUCUUCUCCGGGACAUUCUCAGCCGCCACCAUCUAACCCUGUGGUCCCACCCAUACGUCGACACUUGGCGUUCGCCUCAACGAAACCUCCCUUCCACCCGUCUGAUUACCGUCGAUUCAUCCCUUCCUACGUCACUAACAACGAUAGUAGCAGCCUCUGUGGAAUCGUAGAUCGGGAGGAGGAGGCCGUCGUUUUAAGAUCUCCUUCACGGAAGAGAAAGUCGAUGAUGGAUGUGGUUACUACUACUACUACUACUACUUCUAAUAGUAAUGGAUUCACGAGCUCUGGUUCCACUAGCAUACACAACAGUCCCUGUCUCACUCCUGUUUCGGCUAAAGGAGGCAGAGUCAACACCAAGUCAAGGGCCAAAGGGACUCAGUCAGUUCCUCAAACCCCCAUCUCAAAUGCUGUUGUAGGUUCUCCUGCCACACUAACUCCUUCUGGAAGUUGCCGUUAUGACAGUUCUUUAGGUCUCCUUACAAAAAGGUUUGUCAAUCUAAUCAAACAAGCCGAAGAUGGGAUGCUGGACCUAAACAAAGCUGCAGAAGCAUUGGAGGUGCAGAAACGGCGCAUAUAUGAUAUUACAAACGUUUUGGAGGGGAUUUAUCUCAUUGAAAAGCCUUUCAAGAACCGUAUACUGUGGAAGGGAGUUGAUGCUUCGAGGCCUGGCGAUGUGGAUGCUGACGUAUCUGUCUUACAGGCAGAGAUUGAAAACCUUAACCUCCAGGAGCAAGCGCUAGAUAACCAAAUCAGAGAAACGGAGGAAAGACUAAGAGAUCUUAGCGAAAAUGAAAAGAAUCAGAAGUGGCUUUUUGUAACUGAAGAGGACAUCAAGAGUUUACCAGGUUUCCAGAACCAAACUCUGAUAGCUGUCAAAGCUCCUCAUGGAACAACUCUGGAAGUCCCUGAUCCAGAUGAAGCGGGUGAGCUCCCUCAGAGGAGAUACAGGAUCAUUCUUAGAAGUACAAUGGGACCUAUUGACGUAUACCUUGUCAGUGAAUUUGAGGACACGAAUGGGGAUGUUGCACCACCAGCAUGCUUGCAUAUUGCUUCUUGCUCAGGAUCUACAGAAAACAAUGAAAUCGAAGCCUUAACUAUUGAUAACACAGAAACUGCCUCUGAGCUUCAGAUGUCUCAAGAUCAUGCACAUGCCCAACCCGGCGAUACCUCUGAUCUUAAUUAUUUACAGGAGCAAGUAGGAGGAAUGCUUAAGAUUACUCCCUCUGACAUCGAAAAUGAUGAUACGGACUACUGGCUUCUCUCCAACGCUGAAAUAAGCAUGACGGAUAUUUGGAACACAGACUCUGGUAUUGAUUGGGACUAUGGAAUAGCUGACGUGACUCCACCACCAGUAAUGAGUGAAAUAGCCUCAGCCGAUAUUGACUCCAAACCAACUUGAUUGCAAGAAGACCAAACACCUAUCCCAGCUUCUGAUUCCUGAUGUGUCCCUUCACAAUACUCUUGGUUCUUCAAUUCAAAUCCAAGGAG